CGAUUUGCCCCAAUUGCGUAUAAAGCAGGCAGAAUUUCUGUCCAGCUGUACAUACUCUAACAUUUUCUUUCUUUCCAGUUUUAAACAUUUUACAAAAUUCAUUGAAAAAUGAGAUUCGGCAUUUUGAUAGCUCUCUCCUGCGUUGCCGUCGCCUCUGCCGGAGUCGUCAAUGUAACCCGUUGUGGUGGCGUGGGAACUCCUCUGCAAACCAGGGUAUCCGGCUGUGAAGGAUACUGCCAAGUACGACCUGGCCAAGUUUACGAAUUCCAACAAGACUUCAUGCCAAGCAGUCAGAUGAAUGGAGUCAAAUUAACGGUGGAGGUUUGCCUGAAUGACGGUUUCUGCAUGCUGAUAAUCAACGCGGACUUGAUCACCAUCGCGCCCCCAGGGCCCAUCUACACCGCCAAUUAUGCUCUCAUCCCUAAUGACAUCCUUUCCGGACAAACGGUACAACUGAGAGCAGGAUUCGCUCACUCAAUCUCGAAUCUUUUGGAGAUUUGCGUUUCUUGUGAAAAAAUCUUGUGAAAAAAUAAAUUAAACUUUUUUCUUUUUCCGAGAACCAUCAAAGAUUUGCUUAAAUACUGAUAAAUGGAAUAAACAAUUUCUGCUGAUAGA